AUGGAAAACGCCAAUGCCGGUCACAGCGCUGUCGACACCGCCGCCGCGGCCGCGCCUGAGGCACACGACACGCCCAUGACCGAUGCGCCCGCCCAAACAGCUCCGCCAGCCUCAACCGCACACGCCCAACCAAACAACAACAACAACGCGGCGGCACCCUUCCUCUCCGCCCCGCCGACCGCGCCCUCGCCCUCGCCCUCUCACCCGCAACCCCCCGCCGCGCCACCCGCGCGCGUGCCCACACCAACCACAACCACAACCCCGGCGGCGACGGCGCCGGGCAUGCCACCUCACGCAGGGACGACCGCCGGCUUCGCGAUGCCAGCAGAGGCAGCGGCGCACGGCGCGCCGGUGCGGCAGUACAUCAACGGGCGGAUCACGGGCGUGCUGCUGGAGGGCAUGAAGAUGGUUGCGCGGGAGCAGCCGAAGGAUCCGCUGCGGGUGCUGGGGGAGUAUCUAUUACAGCGGUCGAAGGAAUUGGAGGGCAAGGAUCCAUGA